UAGGCGAAUGUCCCGUCGUCCUCCCUCUUUUUCUCUUCUUCCCGGGAGAGCUCGAGCUCCUCUCGCUGCCUGCCUCGCAGCUCCGCCAGCUAGGCACUAGGCAGCUGGCAGCUGCACCUCCCACCCCAAUCUCGCCUCCCUCGCGGGCCAUGGCCUCCUCCUCCUCCUCCUCCUCCUCCUGCGACGCCGCGGGCGUGCCGUUCACCCUCCUGGGCGCGCUCAUCACCGCCGGUCCCGCCGCCUGGCCGGCCUGCGUCGGCGGCGGUCGCGCCUUCCUCCGGGACUACGCGCGGCGCGGGACCAACGCGCUGCUGUGGGCGGGUCUCCUCGCCGUCACCUGGAUCCUGCUCCUCCGCGUCACCGCGCUGCUUCGCCUCUGGGCGCUCGGCUCCCGCAUCCCGGGGCCCCGCGCGCUCCUCGCCGACCCCGGACUCGCCGCCGUCUUGCGCGACGGCGGCGACAUCACCGGUUUUCUGUCAAAAUUGCAUGGGAGAUAUGGCCCAGUUGUUCGCCUGUGGGUAGGACCCUCUCAGCUACUUGUAUCAGUUAUAGAUCCUACUCUAGUUAAGGAGGUGCUAACAAAGGCUGAAGAUAAGUUACCAUUGACUGGGAGAACAUAUAAUUUAGCUUGUGGAAAACUUGGCUUAUUUGUGUCCUUAUUCCAAAAGGUCAAAAGGACAAGAGAUUCUCUGAAAAUGUUUCUGAAUGAAAAAAUUACAGUUGGUGCUAGUCAAAGCUCAUUUAAAAUUAUCGAUGCUGUCCUGAAUAGAAUCAACACUAUUAUGUCCAAGGAUUUUAUGGACACUAGAUCUUUCUCCCAGCACAUGGCAUUUAAUAUCAUUGGUGCAACCCUUUUGGGUGAUGCCUUCUUCGAAUGGUCUGACGCUUCUGCUUAUGAGGAACUUCUUAUGCUGGUCGCAAAGGAUGGUUGCUUCUGGGCUUCUUAUGCAAUUCCACCGUUCUGGAGACCUAGUUAUAGGAGGUAUCGGACCCUAUGUGCUAAGCUGAAGAUAUUAACAGAGAGCGUUGUCAGAAAAUCAAGACAAAAUAGUUCACUUAAUCAUUUUGAUCAGAGAUCUUAUCUGAAAAGUAAAGGGACAGAUCCAAAUAGACGUGUUUUAGACAACAUGAUGGCAAGUCAUUGUCUCCAUGGGGCUAUUGGAGGACCACUUAAUUCAGAAGAGGAAAUAUGUGGAAACAUCAUGGGUUUGAUGUUGCAUGGUAUUUCCGCUUCUGCUAACUUGAUUGGUAACAUUUUGACAAAGCUUGUCUUGUCCCCAGAAUUGCAAGAUCAGCUACAUGUGGAGAUUGUUUCAGUCUGUAAUGAAUCAUCUAAACUGGAGGUUGACGAUCUGCUAAGGAUGCAAGUCCUACUUGCUACUGUAUGUGAAUCUGCUCGCCUUUUGCCUGCUGGACCUCUUCUGCAGCGAUGUUCUUUGAAACAUGAUUUGAAGCUUGGCUCGGGUAUAACUGUGCCAGCUCAAUCAAUACUAGUAGUUCCUUUGCAUCUCGUGCAAAUGGAUGCUUCUGUUUGGGGUGAUGAUGCUGACCAGUUCAAUCCUCAUCGGUUCCUUAAAAAGGAUGUCGAUCUUAGAGAAAUAUUUGGAGCACCUAAAGGAUCAAAUAGGAUAAAUGUUUUCAGUGAGUGUGCCAAGACCGAAUCAUUUCUUCCAUUUGGUUCUGGGAGUCGAGAAUGUGUUGGGCAGAAGUUUGUGGUUCUUGCAAUAUCGAUGUUGAUUGCCAGCCUGCUCCGCAGCUAUGAGGUACAUCCUCAUCCAAGUUUGUCUAAAGAAAUGGACACAGCAGUUGACAGCAGCCACCUUCAUAUGCCAAACCCUAAGAUCAUCCUCACCAAAAGAAGGAUCUGAAGGGACAGUUUGGCAAACGAAAAUCUGGCACACUUACGUUCACUAUAUUGUUUUUCACUGGUGUUACACCAGUAUAUGAUCUUUACUUUCCUACCGUCGUUUGGACCACGCUGAAGUUUGGAAAAGGCGAUACUUUGUGUUGUCGAUGUGGAAGUGCUUUUUUUCCUCCGGAUUUUUGACAGACCCUGUGUGCUUCGUUGGAUCUAGUUUUUGUCAGGUUUUUGGAGCACCCGUGGGGCUGUUAGAUCACAGGAGGUGUAUGCUGAUGUGCAUAAACAGACUAGUUUUUUUUUUCAGUUGGGGUUUUCUCCUCCCUCUGUGGGGAAUGUAAUGUCCAACGCAUGAUUCACUCGACACAUAUAUAUUUAUAUUAUUGUAUGUAACUUGCAUAUAAACAUGUGAGGCUGUUGCUUUGACCA